CAAAUAUUGGAAUUCGUUUGUAAUUUAUCUUUAAUUUCCGGUUACAUGUUACAUUGCAGUAAUAAAUAGUGGUAAUUGUAUACAUUGCAAAUCAACAAGUGAGAAAAGCUACUUAGAAACCCGCAAUAAUCUAUAAAUAUUUAAUUUGUAAUGGCUAGUGGCUCAAAAAAACGAAUCAUGGUAGAAACCAAGAACUUAUCCAAAGAUCCUCCUCCCGGUAUCAGUGCAACACCGGAUGAAUCAAACAACAGAUAUUUCCAUGUCGUGAUGGCAGGCCCAUCGGGUUCCCCCUACGAAGGAGGUUUGUUCAAAUUAGAAUUAUUUUUACCGGAAAAUUACCCAAUGUCACCACCCAGUGUAAGAUUCUUGACGAAAAUUUACCAUCCCAACAUCGAUAAAUUGGGAAGAAUAUGCUUAGACAUUCUCAAAGACCAGUGGUCGCCGGCGUUACAAGUUAGAACAGUACUGUUAUCAAUUCAAGCUUUAUUAAGUAGUCCUAACCCAGAUGAUCCGCUUGCAAAUGAUGUUGCUAACAUGUGGAAGACACGAGAACAAGAAGCCGUACUAAAAGCGAAAGAAUGGACGAGGCUCUUUGCUAUGGAAUAAGGUCCUUUCAGAAUGUACGAGUAGUAAUACUGUCACAAGACUGACUGUGAUAAUAUGUUAAAAGAUACUUUGUUUACAAUGCCAUUUUGGAUAAUUACAUAAAUAAUACAGUCUGUUUUUAAUUCCUACUGGGACAAUUAGGUACAACAAAUCAAAAUAUUACGGUUUUCUUUUGCGUUAAUGUAAUGGUUCCAUAUUUAUCAGUAUUAUUAUCAGAUAUUGCUGAUUUAUUAUGUUAGAUAAAUAAAUUACUAUUUCCACGAACAAUUAAUUUAUAACAGUGUGUAUUUGGUACACAAAUUAUUUUAUUCCAAUAUUGUUAAAAUGCAUGCCUACUUAUUUUACAGUGUCAUCUGUAAAUGUUAUCCAGAGAUUAUUUGUUUAUAACAGAAUCUUUGUAAUAAACGUGACAUUACACUACCUUUGAUUUCGUCCCAUUCUUAUCUCUAAUAUACAGGGUGUAUCUAAAUAACACCGGAAACUUUGAAGGGGUGAUUCGGUGAUGAAAAUUAAGGUGGGUACAUGGUAUAUUUUUUUAAACCCUUCUCAGAAAAGUUAUCCCUUCAAAGAUUAAAAAAAAAAAGAUUUUUCUUAAUUUUCCCUGUAUAUUAAGCUAAAGACUUGAAACUUGGGAAAUAUUAUUUGUUAAUGAAACUACACAUUUUGAAAUUUUUUAAACCCUGAAGUAUGCUAAGAAGGGGUUGAAAUAGUCAGCUCCUAAGACAUUUUUUUCUUACUACAAUCACCCCUUAAUUUUUUUCAGUAUUAUUUAGAUACACUCUGUAUAAAUUCCAAAUAAGUUAAUCAUAUUGCUAAAUUGAUAACGAUUUAAUCAAAUAUUUAUUAUAGAAAUUAGAACUGCCUAAUUAAAA